AUGAUAAGCUACUUCACAAAGGUAAGCAGGGCAACAGAACGCGAUUUACCAAAGCAAUUCAUAAAUUACAGUACACACAUCAAAGGUACAACCACCAAUAUCUCUACCCCUAUUAAAAUUUCCCAAGCAUAUAAAUACUCCACCAGUUUCCUUCAUAGACCCAGCACCAAAAAUUUCCGAAAUAUCCAGAACCAUCAAUUGAUCUCCAAAAUGCCUUUAAUGACAAUUUCUCAAUCCCUUGACGAAUCCUAUACCAAGCAUAAAAUUAUCCCUGAAGUAGUUGAUACUUUUGAUACUCAGGGACUACUCACCAUCGAGUAUGGUGAAAAUGCCCACGUCGCCCUUGGGAACACUUUGAAAGUCAAUGAAACUCAAGAGAGGCCCGUCAUUCAAUUCACCUUGAAUUCCCCUGGCCAGGAGAAGGAAUUGGAAAUCUCGACUUCCGACAAGUUUGCUCUCGUUCUCACGGACCCAGAUGCUCCUUCCAAUAAGGAUCAUAAAUGGUCAGAAUAUGCACAUUGGAUUAUCACCGACUUACUGUUGAACACCCAGCUGGAGGAAGAUGGGUCCGCGGAAUCCUUAAGUACUAUUCUCGACUACUCAAAGGGAAAGGAGAUCUUAAAGUACGAGGGCCCUGCCCCACCACCGGGCACUGGAAAGCACCGUUAUGUUUUCUUAUUAUUCAAGCAAGAUCCCUCUGUGAAUUAUGAGGCGCCUCCGGACAGACCAACUUGGGGAACCAACGUACCAGGUUCCGGUUAUAGAGAUUGGAUUAAGAAACAUGGAGGUGAUCUGAAAUUGAUCGGAAUAAACUUUUUCUAUGCCGAAGACACUAGCCAAGAUUAA